AUGGCAAAGGUGAUGGCAAAGGCUUUGGUAAGAAGGGAUGCUUUGGCGGCAAGGGCCACUGGGCUUCGAGGAACACCGUUUUUGCUGGCCUUUAAUGGUGAUGGACCAAAGGGAUUUGGUGGUGAUGGUGGCAAGGGCUUUGGUGGUUGUGAUGGCAAAGGCUUUGGGUGCUACGGCGGUGAUACAAAAGGCGGCUAUGGAAAUGACUUCGGCAAGGGCUAUGGCGCGCAGAAAGGAUUUGAUGGAGGUGCUGGCUGUGAUGGUGGAAAGGGCUUCGUGAAGAAGGGCGGGAAGGGCGUGCACCCAGGUCCCUACUGA